AUGGCUCUGCCAACAUUUGGACUGCUGCUUGUCAUCCUGCUGUCUUGUACCUCUGCGAUCCGACUGGAGGGAAAUGGGUACACAGGUGUUCUCUUUGCCAUCAACCCAGCCAUCCCUGAAGAUCCGGCUCUAGUACAAAGAAUUCAGGAUAUGGUAAAGAAGGCAUCCGAGGUUUUAUAUAGAUCUGUAGGUCAAAGGUUUUAUUUCAAGGAGGUGACAAUUCUGGUUCCUGCUACCUGGACAAAUGGCAGCUACAGUACUGCUAAGACUGAGACAUAUGAGAAGGCCAAUGUUAUUAUCAGUGAGCCAAAUGAAAUGUAUGGGGAUGAGCCCUACACUCUGCAGUAUGGCCAGUGUGGGCAGCCAGGCCAGUACAUCCAUCUCACUCCCAACUUCCUGCUAAACGACACAUUAAUCAGAGUCUAUGGAAAAAGAAGCAAAGUGCUGGUGCAUGAAUGGGGUCAUCUGCGAUGGGGCUUAUAUGAUGAAUACAAUGAAGAACAACCAUUCUACCGCCCUUCAGAUGGAACAGAGAUUCGGCCAACAAGAUGUUGGACAGCUGUUCCAAAGACAUUAAAGGUCGUCGCUGUGUCAAGAACGCAGACGGACAAACUUGCUCUCGUUGUGGUAGAGUUUUGUUCAGAUGAGACACACAAUCCUGAGGCCCCAAACAGGCAGAAUAAGAUGUGUGACAACAGAGCUGCCCUGGAUGUGAUCCUCAACAGCUCUGUGGAUGCUGGAACUCAACCCCUGUCUACCCCCAUAUCCGAUCUGCCACCGCCUACAGUCAAGAUUGUACAGAGGAAAGGAAGGGUUGCAUGUCUUAUCCUGGAUGUGUCAGGAAGCAUGACGGGGCCAAGACUAAAACUUAUGAGACAAGCAGCAACCUUGUUUCUUGAGCAAGUCAUAGAGGAUACAGCUUCUGUUGGAAUUGUGCAAUUCGAGUCAUCUCCAUCAGUUCUCAAAUACCUAACAAAGAUCGAUGGCCAAGGGUCCAGGAAAGCACUUGUCCAGGCACUCCCACCGAGUGUACUGAGGAGGGAUGGUGGUUCUACAGAAGGAAAUGAGCUUAUUCUUCUCACUGAUGGAGAGGCCAAUGAUGAUCUUGGUGGAUGUGAGAGUAGAGUUCAGAGUAGUGGUGCUAUUUUACACUUUAUUGCUCUGGGCCCAAGUGCAGACAAGAAACUGCGGCAUUUUGCCGAUAUGACAGGUGGAAUAUAUUUCCAGACAUCUGACAGCCUAGACUCGAAUGAGCUCAUUGAUGCCUUUGCCUCUCUGACAACAUCUGAUGGAGAUUUAACACAUGUGACAGUUCAGCUUAAAAGCUCAGGGGAGAUAACCACUGAUUGGUUCAAUGGCACCUUUUCUGUGGACUGGACAGUUGGAAAAGACACCAUUAUAACGGCUGUAUAUGAAUCCUCCAUGCCAAGAGCUCACAUCACCAGUCCAAGGGGAACAAGUUUCGAUCAGUCACACUUUGACCAUGAUGCAGGAAUAAAAAUGUUAUCAUUGAAAGUACCUGGAAUUGCAGAGACUGGGACAUGGCAUUACAGUCUACUUCAUACGGGGUCUGGUAGACAGUCAAUGGCGAUCACCGUCACCAGUCGUGCUGCCAGCGCAGAUGUGCCUCCUAUCACAAUAAAAACCCACAUGGACCAGAAAUCAUCUGAUGGAAGUAAAGCUCCAGUGGUGUAUGCAUCUAUCACUCUGAAGGGCUUGCCUGUUAUAGGGGCAAAAGUCACGGCCAUACUGGAGUCUGACACUGAGAAGAUAGCACAUUACUUGGACUUAGAGGAUAAUGGAGCAGGCGCUGACGCCACCAGACAUGACGGUGUCUACUCAAGAUAUUUCACUAAAAUGAUCUCAGGACGUUACAGUGUGAAAGUGAAUGCUGUAAACAAAGAGGGGAACAAAACCAUGCUGUCUGCACCCAGGCACAGUGGAGUGCUCUAUGUCCCAGGAUACGUGGUGGACGGCAAAGUGGAGCUGAAUCCCCCAAAGCCUCCUGUAAACCAUGAGCCAGUAGAGGUGGGCAGCUUCACCAGGACGGCCACAGGAGAGAGUUUUGUUGUGACGUUACCCUCAGGCUCUACACGACCUCCUGCAUUUCCUCCCAGCAAGAUCACAGACCUGAGAGCCGAACUGGAGGAAGACAACGUCUCUCUCACAUGGACUGCUCCCGGAGCGAGCUAUGAUGAGGGAAGGGCUGCACGCUACCAUAUAGCCUGGAGUGAAGACCUGGCCCUGCUGAGAACCAACUUCAGUGGCUCUCAUCACAUCGACCCCUGGGAGCUGAGACCACAAGACGCUGGCUCCACUGAGCGGUACUCAUUCCACCCAAGCAACCUCAACAUGGUCAACGGCACCACCGUUUUCAUUGCAGUUGUGGCGGAGAAUGCAGACUCGCUGAAUUCGAGCAUAUCAAACGUCACUAGUGGAGUAGUUCCCUCCCAGUAA